AUGGAAAACGAAAUUCGACGUAUUACAUCGGAGAGGGGAAAUGAUUUGUUGCUAGUCAAUGGGCACAAAUUUAGGUGUAUCAGGCAGCGGGCUGAUGGAUAUGUAAGAUGGAGGUGCUGUAAAAAACAGUGUACGUCCACAGUGUUGAUGACGAUUGAUGAUUUAAUUAUAGAAAAUGCUAGUGAACAUAACCAUCCUGUUGAUCCGAUACAAAAAAUUGAUCGACAAGUGUUGAGAGAAAGUUGCAAGCGAAAAGCUAUAAGUAAUAUAUCUACCCGGCCAAUAAAGUUCAUAAGAAAUGAACUUAUGAAUAGCGUAAGUACUGAAUUAGAACAUAAAGAUUUAAAAUCGGUUAGAAAGGCAAUGUAUAUUGAACGAAGAAAAAAUCUCCCUCCCUAUCCAACAUCUUCUGAAGAUGCAAUUACAAAAAUAAAUGAAUUUCAAGAUGCAGAUUUUUUAAUGUUUAGAGGGGAAAAGUUUGUACAUUUACCCGAAGAUUCUACUUUUAUUUGUUUAACCACUAAAGAAAAUCUUCAAUGUCUGACCAGUUGUACCGAUGUAUUUACAGACGGAACAUUCGAAUAUGCUCCAAAAUUUUUUUUGCAAUUAUACACCAUUCAUGGUUAUAAAAAUGGCAUUUACGCACAUUUGGUUAUAUGUGAAAAACAAUCACUUAUUUUUAAAAUUAAAAUACUUCACAUUGAUUUUGAAAUUGGUGCUAUUGAAGCAGUAAAAGAAGUUUUUCAGGCUGUACAAAUUAAAACAUGCCGUUUUCACUUGGGACAAGCUUGGUGGCGCAAAAUUAAUGGUGAAUCAAAAUUAAGAACGGCAUAUAACGAUAAAAAUAACGAUUUACAAAUAUGGCUCAAAUCAUUUUUGGGACUUUCUUUUAUAGCUCCAGAUGAUGUCGAGGAUGCUUUUGUCGAACUUAUAAGUGUAUGUCCAAAUAUUUCAGUUGGACAACUUUUUUCGGAUUAUGUUUUGGAAACGUAUAUUGAACCGGGUUGUAAAUUUCCACCUAUUUUAUGGGCUGAAACACCAUCAUCAAAUCCUAGGACUACAAACGGGGCUGAAAGUUUCCAUAGUACAUAUAAUGCACAGUUUAAUAGUGCUCAUCCACCAAUAUUUGUCGUUAUAGCUACCCUUAUGGAAACUCAGACAGAAACAGUUACCAAAUUAUUAACCAUUUCCAAAGGUAUAAUAAAACCAAAAUCGAAUGAAGAAUCAAGGAAAAUUGAAAAUUUGAAAAAUGAAUACAAACAUAAUGUAAACAAUAAAACACCAGAAAAUUUACUAAAGUAUUUGGCCAUAGUUGGAAAUAGGUAUCGGGGGUUUAAAAUUUAA